AUGGCUGCCCAUCUCUCCGAUGUCGCCCUGGCCUCGCCCAUGUCGAACAACAGCAACGACUCCAAGUCGAUCGCCUCAGCCCCCUCGAGCGCCACGUCGACCAACUCGCAGGCCCUCGGCGGAGCCGAAGACAACCUGACGUGUCGUUGGAACGCGUGCAACCAGAGAUUCGCCAAUCCCGAGGUUCUCUACGAGCACAUCUGCGAGCGCCACGUCGGCCGCAAGAGCACCAACAACCUCAACCUCACCUGCCAGUGGAACGCCUGUCGGACGACGACGGUCAAGCGUGAUCACAUCACCUCGCACAUCCGCGUCCACGUACCCCUCAAGCCGCACAAGUGCGACUUUUGCGGCAAGUCGUUCAAGCGACCCCAAGACUUGAAGAAGCACGUCAAGACGCACGCAGACGAUUCCGUCCUCGUCCGUCCCGGACAAGACCAGCAUGGUCUCAACUACAGGACCCAGACCACCAAGGGGCCCAGCUACUAUGACCACGGCGGCCAGAUGCGUGCCAUCGGCGGCUUCCCUCACCAGCCGACGGCCAACGGCAACUACUACGCGCCCCAGCCGUCGACCAACUAUGCCCUCUACUUCAACCAGCCGCCCCUGAACACGCCCCGCAGCGAGCAGCACGUCGGGUACGGCGCCGCCGCCGCCGCCGCCGGUGCCUACGAUCGCAAGCGCGGCUACGACCGCACCUACGACGCCAUGGACGACUUCUUCGCCCAUGCGAAGCGCCGCCAGAUCGACCCCACCUCGUACGCCCAGAUCGGCCGCUCCCUCUUGCCCCUCCACAGCUCGCUAUCCAUGGCCAACGAGCCCCUCGCCGGUCCGGAGCAGUACAUUCCCCAGCACACGCAGGCCAUGGUGCAGCCGAGCCCCUCGCCGUCGGCGAACCCUCUGACGCAGCAAUACUACCUACCGCACAUGCCCCACGCCCGGACGCAGAAGGACCUCCUCCAGCUCGACGGCCUCCUCGGCCAGAUGCAGGACACCAUCUACGAGAACGCGACGCACGCGACGGCCGGCGUCCACGUCCACCACGGCGGCGGCGGCGGCGGCGGCCUCGCCGGGUUCAGGCACAGCCCCUCGCCGGCGCUCCAGCGUUCGCCCGGCGCCAUUCAGGUCUCGACGGAUGGCUACCACCAGCCCAUGUCGGCCGCCAGCAUGGCCUCGCCACUCACGAGCAUCUCCUCGGCCGGCACGCCGGCGGUGACGCCGCCGUCGAGCGCCAUGUCGUACACGUCGGGCCACUCUCCCAGCCCGUCGGCCUCGUCGGGCCUGUCGCCCCAGUCGCGUCACAGCUCGACGGCCUCGGUCAUGUACCCGACGCUGCCGACGGCGCUGCCGACGGUCACCCAAGGCUUCGGCCAGUCGACGACGGCGACGCUCGGGCCCAACUUUGACAGCAACGAACGCCGCCGCUACUCUGGCGGCAUGCUGCAAAAGGCCCGCGGCAUGCCGCCGCCGCCGCCGCCGCGCUCGGCCGAUGACGCCGGGAGAACAACGCCCAAGGCCGGCGACUCGGCCGUCUCGGUCGGCUCCCCCUCGUCCGAGUCGGACAGCGAGUCGACCAAGGAGCGGGAGGAGCAGUACGACCGCUGGCUCGAGAACAUGCGCGUCAUCGAGUCGCUGCGGGAGUACGUCCGUCGCCGGCUGGAUCGUAAGGAGUACGCCACCGAAGAGGAUGUCAAGGCCGACCGAGAGGGGGACGACGACGCCAUGGAGAUUGAUGACAUCAAGGGUCCGAGAAGCGCCGUCGAGCAACCGAACGGCCUCCGCGAAGGAGGCGGCCCGUUGCUGUACCCGCGGCUGCCGGCCGCCAGCGCCUGA